AUGGAUUCUCGGUUGUUCAAAACGCUAGAGGGGUUUGAAGAAUCCAAGAUCACCAUUGUGGAAUGGGAGACACCUCUACUCGUCCGUUUAGCCUACCCGCUCGUGACUCGAACGGACUUUAUUUACCUGGCCUCCGAUGAACAGAUCCAGCUAGCGAACAACAUCGCCGUAGCCAGCGGCUUGCGUCUCACUAAAGAUGACGAAUUCCCAAAAUUGUGCCUUACCGAGCAAGCGCAACAAGGCACUCGCUAUACAUACGGUAACCCAGAAAGUCGAUUCAUCCUCGCGCCGCCCUCCUGGCCGGCAUUGAACAAGACGAGCUGUCUUUCGUCGCACCAGCUGAUGAGUCGCUUCCCUGCACUAUUUGGACAGUGCCUUUGCCUUCGUUUUGCGCCGCCUACCUAUGCAUCAUCAUGCAAGAGAGCAUGGUCAGCCGGGUUCCAAUCAUCGCAAACGCAGAUUUGUCGGGUGUCAUUGCUUACAGUAUGUCUGACGUGA